GCUGUAAAGCAGUUUGCAGUGUUUGGGUUGCUAGUGCUGUGAGGACCUGCUUCAGAAGGAUGUGGAGAUUUAAAAUACAUUUUUUAGCGUUUUGGGCUCUUUUGUGUAAGGAUUAUAGCACAUUGGCGCUUCAGGAUGUAACGGCCGAGCUUUUUGGGAAAGAAAAUCACGGAACAAUGGCAGCGUUUGGGGAUUUUAACUCGGAUAAACAAACUGACAUCUUUGUUAUCACAGAGGACUCUGAAGUUGUGAUCUUCUUGGCUGACUCCAAAUCCCCCUUCUUCAAGCCUAAAGUUCUGAUCACUAAGGACAUUUUACCAAAGGACACUGUCGUCACUAGUGUGGUUCCUGGAGAUUAUGAUGGAGACUCGCAGAUGGAUGUCCUUCUUACUGCCCAGAUCAAAACGGAUAAAACGACUGUGUUCAUAUUUUGGGGGAACAACCAAACAUUAGAUACAACUGGAUGGCUGACGUUGAAUAAGACUUUUACAGAUCAGCCUCUCAUUAUGGAUUUCAACGGAGAUAUGAUGCCUGAUGUUUUUGGGGCUACCAGUCCUCCUCUCACUGAAGUUUGCUUCCUCUCUAACAGGAAUCCUAGGUGGCACAAUGCGCUGAGUUCUCCUGUGAAAAUGCGCAUCCCACACUCCAACGCUUUCAUUGACCUCAACAAGGACUUUACUGCUGAUUUGUUCCUGACAACUGAAGUGGCAACAUUUGAGACCUGGAUCAACAAGGAUGGGAACUUUACGAAGACUGGAGUCAUGUCCAAGUCAGACAUCAAGAUUGUGGGACAGUCCUCCUUUUUGGAUUUUGAUGGUGAUGGCUACCAGGACCACCUCCUCCCUGGCUGUUUGGAUGAAAGCUGUCAGCAGAGUGCCAUCUACCUUUCCAAGUCAGCCUCAAAAGAGUGGCUACCAGUCCUAUCAGACUUCAAGCAAAAGGACACCCUGUGGGGCUUUGUGCCAGGAAAACCGAGUCAACCCCUGGUCCUCCACAUCGGGGACUAUAACCUGGACGGCUUCCCUGACGCUCUUGCAAUCCUUCGGAACAUAAGUGGCAGCGGUCAGCGCGCCUUCCUGCUGGAAAACGUUCCCUGCACCAGCCCCGGAUGCAGCGGCGUAGGCCGCACCUUCCACGUCCACUGGGACCAGAGUGAUCUGGGAGCCAUCCAAAAUGCAGUCAUGGCGACUUUCUUUGACAUCUAUGAGGAUGGUAUUUUAGACAUGCUGGUUCUGAGUCAUGCAGACGGUCAAACAGAUUCCACCAUCCACGCCUUGAAGAAUAAUUUUGAAGCUGAUGCGUAUUUUGUAAAAGUGAUGGUGCUCAGCGGCCUCUGCUUUAAUGACUGCAACGAACACGUCAAGCCUUUUGGGGUGAACCAACCAGGCGCCUAUGUCAUGUACACCACAGCAGACUCCAAUGGCAACCUGAAAAAUGCCUCAGCCGGUCAGUUGAGUCAGUCGGCCCAUUUCUCCCUUCAGCUGCCCUACACUGUGCUGGGCCUGGGACGCAGCGCCAACUUCCUGGAUCACCUUUACGUCGGAAUCCCCCGGGAAGCCGGAGACACGAACAUAAGGAAGCAGGAGUGGACCGCCAUCAUUCCCAACUCCCAGCUUAUCGUCAUACCCUUCCCACAUGAUAAUCCUCGCAGCUGGAGCGCAAAGUUAUACCUGACUCCGAGCAACAGCGUUCUUCUGACAGCCAUCGCACUGAUCGGAGUCUGCGUCUUCAUCCUCGUCAUCAUCGGCGUCCUCCACUGGAAGGAGAAGAAAGCGGAUGACCGGGAGAAGAGGCAGGAGGCCCACCGCUUCCAUUUUGACGCCAUGUGAAGGAGGUCGUCUCCGUCCCCCCCUGCUCCACCUGCCACCCAUCCAGCCGCCCGUCACGCGCCUCCACAGACUCAUCUCAAGGGCCAAAACAGGAUUACUCCAAAACCUUUCUUUCUUUUUAUUUUUAUUCCAGUCCGAUGUGAAAUCUUUUAUCUUCCCUUUGAUUUAUUCAUUCCAUUGUUAGAAGUACAGAAGCUGCAACAAACCCUCCAGGAGAUCCCUCCCCAGAUUAAAUAGAAGAAUCUUUUCUUCCUAACGACACAGACCUGUUAACACGUCACUGGAAACCCCUCUGCUGUGAGUCUGUAUGCAAAGCUUGAAUCCGCUCAUUUCCCUGAGUCAAACUAAACUGAUCAGAAUCAUCCUGGACGAGCGGAGAAAAAAAUGUCUAAACCGUUUUCUGGCGGUGCGGUGAGCAGAAAUGAUGCGCAGGUCGGCUCAUCGUUUCCUCACUUGAUUGCUCCAGGUUCUGCAUUCAACACGGAAGUCUGUUUGUCCUGCUGAAAGACUCCCUUCACUCCAGCUGCACGUUUCACCUCUUCUGUCUUUUAAAUGAGAUUCUGUGGGUUUAUUUUACGCAGAUGAGCUGUUUGCACUUUUUAACUAAAUGGAAAACUGUGGGAGUCUGUAAUUUAUGUCUUUUGUUGCCUGCAAAUGAACGUGUUUACGAGCUGAAGUUGAUAAUAAAGGUUCUCCAGCUGAA